AUGUUUGGAGAGGGCCGAGAGGAGCCCACCAGGCUAUACGUUCCCCCACUGCUUGACGAUGACGAGCGUCUUCACGAUCCCGAAGCUUCCGAAGACCUGCCGCCGCCUGACGUCGAGGCAGGCAGCGCACUUCCCGUCUGGCUACGGGAGUCAUCCAAGUCAUUUCGCUGGGGAUGGGUUCCGCUGCCGCUCCGAAAGGUCGGUCGCGCCACCGCUAAUUGGGUGAAGGGUCCCGAUCCGCCCCAUAUGCUUCUGUUGAAGCCGCUAUUUCCGCGAGUCCAAGAGCUUCCAGUCCAAUAUCUCGACCAUUUCUUUCCCAAGCGCAAAUUUAAGACUGUUCUUUUAGUACUGCUCUAUAUAUCUUGGUUCUUGCCUUGGUUUUUGGUUUUAUUACACUCACGUUCUUCCGGUUAUAUCGAAGGCUACGGUCGGCCUCAGACGCUGUCAUGCGCCACAAACUUCUGGGAGUUCGAUAAUGGGUGUGGUAUUAACGGAAAUGACUGCCGUCCAUUUUCUUCUUCGACUAUUCCCUUCCGGUGUCCUGCGAAUUGCCGUGAUACCAAAUUACUGGAGCCUCACGUUGUGGGAAAUCAUACAUACAACUACCAAGGUCUAGUAAUUGGAGGGUCUAAGCUGGAUUCCUCCGACCCGGCGCUUUAUCGUGCGGAUAGCUUCAUUUGUCAGGCAGCAAUUCAUGUCGGUGCAAUCUCGAACGAUGGCGGCUGCGGUGUUGUCAAGCUCGAAGGUGCAGCACACUCCUUCCCAUCGGUCAAGCAACACGGAAUUCUCUCUGUUGGGUUCCCAUCGACCUUCCCGAAGUCUUUCAGCUUUCUCCAGCUAUCCUCGCCGCAAAGGAGCUGCCCGCCAGAUCCACGCUGGACGCUCCUUGGAAUCACCGCUGCUGCCGUUGGCGUCCUAUGGCUCUUCUGUACAUCGCCGCCUGUGCUGUUUUUCAGUACAUUCUUCAUUGUGUUCUGCCAUACGGGGCUUGUUGGAGACCCACCCUCGUAUCCUUUCUUGACCGACCUUGUCUCUAGUCUUCUAUCACGGCUGCUCCCAGCAUCAUUUGUCGUUUACGUGCUUUACAAGUUCUGUGCAGCGCCGCUUUUACGGCCACUCACCUCGCCUAUCUACCAGCUUUCAAAGAUGUUCCUUUUCCUACCGCCGCUUUUCAUUGGAUCUCUAAACAACUACACCUUUGCGCGGUUGAUUCCUUUGCAGCGUCUGACCCCAAUGGACAUUCAGAAACAACCUGGGGCGAAGUUGGCAUUGGCUUUUGUCAUCCCCAUUGUGAUUUCGAUUAUUCUGAGCCAAGCGUGGCAAAUUCGCCAGGGAGGUCUGCUCCCACGGUAUUUGAAGAUAUACUGUACCAUGGGGCUCAUCAUCUUGAUUUUGCUUCCCCUCCCUGGUCUUCGCCUUCGAAUUCAUCAUUAUAUCCUUGCAAUUCUCCUCAUGCCAGGAACCGCCUUUCCUACUCGGCCCUCCCUCAUCUACCAAGGUUUGCUGCUGGGUCUUUUUAUCAACGGAGUUGCGCGGUGGGGCUUCGCCUCGAUUAUUGAGACUCCGGCAGCUCUAGGGGAACAAGCACCGCUUGGAGAUGGAAUCCAUGGCUGGUGGGGUGCUACCUAUCCCAAUAUCACGGCCGCAUCUGUGAAUAUUUCCCUUCCAGAUUCUGGUUCGCACCACACUUAUCGUGGCAACGGUAAUAUCACAUUUUCUCUGUGGGAACACGAGCGUAUGACUGAUCUAGCGGUGGACGGUAUCUCGGUUCUUCUCAACGACGUAGAGCGCUGGCGCGGCUAUCUCGAUGAAGAUAAGAGCGGAGAAUUUACCUGGCACCGCCAUGGGCAUGAUGGCCUCGAGCUGCAAACACAUCCUCGUCUGAUCAAUCGUGAUUUCGACACUAUUGACCCUGUUUCGGUUCUUUUGGCUGAUAGUGAUCCUGAUGAUGAGCCCGAAGAUCUAUUUUUCCGAUUCGCAUUUUUGAGAGGCUCCGAGGCUGGCACUUACGGACCGACAGGAGUCUGGUUGAGCGAUGGCGCAUGGUCGCCCCCUGCGCCUCCCAAGAAAUAG